CCGCCUCCCUGCCCUCCCCGCCAGCCACCGUCCGCCCCGCCAGCCCCAGCAACGCCGUGUCCCCGCUGGGCCCGCCGGGCGCGCAUCCCCCUGUGUGCGGGCGUGUGUGAGUGACUGACGGUGCGAGAGGAGCGAGCGCGACUCCCGAAAAGCCCGUGAAACAAGAGGAAAUGGCUGCCUUGGACGUGGACGGCGGCGGCGGCGGCCACGGCGAGUAUCUGCAGCAGCAGCAGCAGCAGCAGCAGCAACAGCAGCAGCCGGGAAACGGCGCGGCGGCGGCGGCGGCGGCCCAGGACACUCAGCCGUCACCGCUCGCUCUGCUGGCCGCUACCUGCAGCAAGAUAGGGCCGCCAUCGCCGGGCGACGACGACGAGGAGGCGGCCGCCGCAGCAGCCGGGGCCCCCGCCGCCGCCGCCGCCGCCCACGCCGGAGCGGUAAGUACAGGUGACUUGACUUCUGCACAAUUAGGAGGAGCACCAAACAGAUGGGAAGUUUUGUCAGCCACACCUACAACUAUAAAAGAUGAAGCUGGUAAUCUAGUACAAAUUCCAAGUGCUGCUGCUUCAAGUGGGCAGUAUGUCCUUCCCCUUCAGAAUUUACAGAAUCAACAAAUAUUUUCUGUUGCACCAGGAUCAGAUUCAUCAAAUGGUACAGUGUCCAAUGUUCAGUAUCAAGUAAUACCACAGAUUCAGUCAACAGAUGGUCAGCAGGUUCAGAUUGGUUUUACAGGCUCUUCAGAUAAUGGGGGUAUAAAUCAAGAAAGCAGUCAAAUUCAGAUCAUUCCUGGCUCUAAUCAAACCUUGCUUGCUUCUGGAACACCUCCUGCUAAUAUCCAGAAUCUUAUACCACAGACUGGCCAAGUCCAGGUUCAGGGAGUUGCAAUUGGUGGUUCAUCUUUUCCUGGCCAAACCCAAGUAGUUACGAAUGUGCCUCUUGGUCUGCCAGGAAAUAUUACCUUUGUUCCAAUCAAUAGUGUUGAUCUAGAUUCUUUGGGACUCUCGGGCAGUUCUCAGACAAUGACUGCAGGCAUUAAUGCCGAUGGACAUUUGAUAAACACAGGACAAGCUAUGGAUAGUUCAGACAAUUCAGAAAGGACUGGUGAGCGUGUUUCUCCUGAUAUCAGUGAAACUAAUACUGAUGCAGAUUUAUUUGUGCCAACGUCCUCUUCAUCACAGCUGCCUGUUACUAUAGAUAGUACAGGUAUAUUACAGCAAAACACAAACAGCUUGACUACAUCUAGUGGGCAAGUUCAUUCUUCAGAUCUUCAGGGAAAUUAUAUACAGUCGCCUGUUUCUGAAGAGACACAGGCUCAGAAUAUUCAGGUUUCUACAGCACAGUCUACACAUCUACAGCUUCAAGAGUCUCAGCAGCCAACCAGUCAAGCCCAAAUUGUGCAAGGUAUUACACCACAGACAAUCCACGGUGUGCAAGCAAGUGGUCAGAAUAUAUCACAACAGGCUUUGCAAAAUCUUCAGUUGCAGCUGAAUCCUGGAACAUUUUUAAUUCAGGCACAGACGGUGACUCCUUCUGGACAGAUAACUUGGCAAACAUUUCAAGUACAAGGGGUCCAGAACUUGCAGAAUUUGCAAAUACAGAAUACUGCUGCCCAACAAAUAACUUUGACACCUGUUCAGACACUCACACUUGGUCAAGUUGCAGCAGGUGGAGCCUUGACUUCAACUCCAGUUAGUCUAAGCACUGGUCAGUUGCCAAAUCUACAGACAGUUACAGUAAACUCUAUAGAUUCUGCUGGUAUACAACUACACCCAGGAGAGAAUGCUGACAGUCCUGCAGAUAUUCGGAUCAAAGAAGAAGAACCUGAUCCUGAAGAGUGGCAGCUGAGUGGUGAUUCUACAUUGAAUACCAAUGAUCUCACACAUCUAAGAGUCCAGGUGGUAGAUGAAGAAGGGGACCAGCAACAUCAAGAAGGAAAAAGACUUCGGAGGGUAGCAUGCACCUGUCCCAACUGUAAAGAAGGUGGCGGGAGAGGUACCAGCCUUGGGAAAAAGAAGCAGCACAUUUGCCAUAUACCAGGAUGUGGCAAGGUCUACGGGAAGACCUCACACCUGAGAGCUCAUCUGCGUUGGCAUUCUGGGGAGCGCCCUUUUAUUUGUAACUGGAUGUUCUGUGGCAAAAGAUUUACUCGGAGUGAUGAAUUGCAGAGGCACAGAAGAACACACACAGGUGAGAAGAAGUUUGUUUGUCCAGAAUGUUCAAAACGCUUUAUGAGAAGUGAUCAUCUUGCCAAACAUAUUAAAACACAUCAGAAUAAAAAAGGUAUUCAUUCUAGCAGUACAGUGCUGGCGUCUGUGGAAGCUACACGAGAUGAUACUUUGAUCACUGCAGGAGGAACAACACUUAUCCUUGCAAAUAUUCAACAAGGUUCUGUUUCAGGGAUAGGUACUGUUAAUACUUCCACCACCAGCAAUCAAGAUAUUCUUACCAACACUGAAAUACCUUUACAGCUUGUCACAGUUUCUGGAAAUGAGACAAUGGAGUAAAUAUUACACAGAUACUUAUUCAUUGUGGUUAUUUUUAUACAGUAGUGAGAAGAAUAUUGUUCCUAAGUUCUUAGAUAUCUUUUUAUUGAUGUGCAAAAAUUUUUGGAUUGACAGUAACUUGGUUAUACAUGACACUGAAAUGCCUUACUUUGUAUGAUAUUCCAUAGUAUAUUAAAAAUGGUAAAAUUGCAUGGGUUUUGUAGGUACUUUUGGAAUUUAGAAGAAAUGAAAUUUUACCAAGUUAUAUAAAGAGAAGAUUGAAUUUAACAAUGCGAAUGGUAGUCUAACCAAAUGCAUCAAUCCUGUGUGGUUUAGUGUACAAAUGAGAACAUGUUGGUAUUUAUCUAUUGUAAGAUAAAAGUUGGUGGGUGAAAGAAAUCAUGUUAUGAUAAAAAAAUUUUGUAAUUUUCUUGAUGACUGGAAUUUUUAUUAUGCAUAACUGACAAAUCAAGUUUCCAAGCAAAUGUUACAUAGUGUAGGCUUUACUUAGCUUAUCAAUUUGUCAUUUUGAAGCUAAUUAUUUUAAUUAGGUUAACUAUGUACAAUAUUUUAAGCAUUACUCUUGUAAGAUUUUGACUACAUUUUAACAUGGAACUCUAGGGAUAGUCACCUUUUAAAUCCUAUUGAAAAGCCAUGUUUAAGAUUUAAUUUGCCAAAAUAAUGUCUUGUUAAUAUCCUUCAAUAACAAAGUUGGGCAAUAUAACCAAUGUCUACAAAAGUUUAAAAUGUAUAGAUUGAGGCAUUUGGGUGGUGAGAAAAUGCUAUGGUGAAUUAUCCCUUUCUUGAACAUUGGAGGACCAAAAAAAUAAGGUGUAUUGCGUCUUAGCAGUGAUUUUUUUUUUUUUUUUAAUUUUUUUUAAUUCAAUCUUGUUUCCAAAAACCAUAUGUCUGCCAGGGCCUUAAAAGCCAUCAUGUAAAUUACCAGUAAAGUAUAACAUAUGCAAACAUAACAAAAUCACUUCCAUAGUGACAAUACUCCAACCAUAUGGAUAUUAGUCUUAGAAACUAGAGGUUUUAUGAUAUUUUUUUAAGUCUUUUUUUGUUUGUUUAGGUAGUCAGUCCGCACUUAAAUAUCAACCAUUUUCCUUCUUUGCUUCUUCCCUUAAAAUUUAUAUGUAUCCAGUACAUUUAAUUGAGAAACGUAUGUUUUUUUAUUAUGCUGUAUUCUUUUUAUUUUUUAAUUAUUGUUUAUACUUUCAAUUAUUAAAAGUGUACAAAAUAAAAUUUCAUUGCUGGUCUUGUAAAAGCUAUACAAUUUUCCUAAAUGUAUACCUAUAACUGCAGCAGUUCACCAACUUUAAAAAUUUGGAAUUCUGUUCAUUUGUUAUUUUUAAGACCACCUAAAAUUUAAAGGCUACCUUAUUGUACGUUUAAAGUGUAUUAUAACAGUGUGGUAGUUAAUAAAACACUAUUUUUUUUUUC